AUGUCAGUCAAAAUAACGGAUAAACAACAAGUUCAAAACUUAAUACUAGACAAAUACGAUUACUUUUUAUUCGAUUGUGAUGGAGUAUUAUGGUUAGGCGAUCAUUUAUUACCAUCAAUUGAAGAAACUUUAACAUAUUUAAAACAAAGAAAUAAGACCGUUAUAUUUGUAACCAAUAACUCAACAAAAUCGAGAGAUGAUUAUUUGAAAAAAUUUGCUAAAAUGGGAAUAACAGGUAUUAAUAAGUCUGAAAUAUUUGGAUCUUCUUUUGCUAGUGCUGUUUACAUUGAUAAAAUAUUGAAUUUACCUAAAGAUAAAAAAAUUUGGGUCUUGGGUGAAGAAGGAAUUGAAAAAGAAUUAAAAGAAUUGGGUUAUACUACAGUUGGAGGAACUGAUCCCAAAUAUAGUGAGAAUGGAAUUGUAUUUGAUCCAAAUACUCCAUUGUUAAAUGAGAUAGACUCCAACGUAGGAUGUGUUUUAUGUGGUUUAUGCUUCAACAUUAAUUACUUGAAGUUGUCAAUGACAAUGCAAUAUCUUAUAAAAGACAAUAAGAGUAUACCAUUCAUUGCAACAAACAUAGACUCGACUUUUCCAUCUCAUGGAAAAUUAUUGAUUGGUGCUGGUUCAAUUAUUGAAACUGUAUCAUAUGCUAGUGGUAGACAACCAGAUGCUAUAUGCGGUAAACCAAAUCAAAGUAUGAUGAAUUCAAUUAAAGCUCAGUUGCCUGGCUUAAAAGAACACCCAGGUAAAGGUUUAAUGAUUGGAGAUAGAUUGAAUACAGAUAUGAAAUUUGGCAAGAAUGGUGGAUUAGAUACUAUGUUGGUUUUAACAGGUAUUGAAACAGAAGAGAGAGUCAAGUCGUUAGAUGCUAAUGAAUCACCGACCUAUUACAUUAAUAAGUUGGGUGAUAUUUAUGAGUUCACUCAUGAGAAGUAA